GGCUCUCAUUGAUCGGCCAUCGAUCGCAAAUCCCAACCCCCAAUCCAUCCCCUCCAUCGAAAUCAACCCACCACCAUUAACUCUCCGUUAAGACAAGGGUUGUAUUCGCUCCUCAUUCCGAUAGUGCUCCCGAUAUUGUUCAGUUCGCAGUGAAUUUUGUGAGUUUUUGCGAAACAAAAAAAUGGCUUCGUACAUUUCCAAACGGUUUUCUCUACCGGCCUUCACAUCCGACAAACACCCCAUCAAAUUCGUCAAAAACGCAGCCACGCCGAAUAAGAGGAGAAGCCACGGGGAGGUAUUCAGAAAAGUCUUGGCCGUCGAAUCUCCUUCGAAUUCCACAGAAAGAACGACACGCGACCGCCCGUCGACCAUCCUCUCCCGCUCGAUCGACCGGCUCGAAGAGCGCUCGGUCAAAGCCCUGAAGAAGCUGCGCAGCAAAUUCACCAAGAAAUUCUUCGGGAAGCGCCGCGACGCCGGCCAGCCGGAGGGCAACCGCCAAACCACCGUCGCCAACGACGAGUUCAUCUUCGACUUCGAACAGCCCUGUUCCUCGUCGGCGGCGGCGGAGGAACUCUUCGGCUCCAUGUCCACCAUCGGGGACUCCUUCUUCGGCUCCGUGUCCGCCAUCGACGACGAGAGCACCCUGAGCACCAUGAGCUGGGAGGACGGCUGCGUCCUCGACGAGGAGGCCGCGUUCGAGGAGGAGAACGAGCUGUGCAAGGCGGCCAUCAGGCGGGCGGUGCGCGAGACCGCCGCCUCCGUACAGGCGACCAUCGCCGGCGGCUUGGACUCGGUGAGGGGGGACGUGAACGUGAAGUACAGCAAGGCGGUGCAGCAGAAGCGCAACGAUUUCGUGCGGCUGCUGGAGGAGACGCACAACUCCGUGUUGGCCGCGCUGGGGAAGAUGGAGGACGAGAUCGAAGAUGCCAUUAGGAGGAACGAGGAGUGCGCGAAGAAGAUCACCGGGUACUUUAGCGCUACGCUGGACGAUAACAGGGUGUUCCUGAAGCGGAUGGAGAAGUUGUACGAGAAGACGAUCAAGGUUGCUGAAGAUAAGAUACAAAAACAACGCGAAAUCAUUAGGAGUUAUGAAGCUAUGAAGAAUCAGGGCGAUCGAGACGACGUAUUGGACCAUUGA